GUAAGAUGGCGUUGGAAGAGCAGUGCUCGGCACCACCUCGAUGGCGGUCCAUAUCUCUGACACACGUAGAGUUCCCCGAGGAUGAUCUGACGGGACAAGUGCUGGCCUACAUCAGUCUCCUGCCGAUAGCGAUCCUUGUGGGUUUUGUUACACUUAUAGUGUUUAAACGGGAGCUGCACACGAUUUCCUUCUUCGGUGGGCUCAUCCUGAAUGAAGGGGUGAACUGGGUGCUGAAGCACAUUCUCAGAGAGCCGCGCCCAUGUGCAGGGGCUCACACAACCCUGCACACAGAGUAUGGGAUGCCCUCCAGUCAUUCCCAGCUUAUCUGGUUCUUUGUUGUUUACUUCUUUCUUUUCCUUUAUUUAAGAAUGCAUCAAACGAACAAUGCUCGAUGUGUGGACCUGCUGUGGAGACACAUACUGUCCAUCAUCCUGUUGGGCAUGGCCUUAUCAGUCUCAUACAGCAGAGUCUACCUGUUGUAUCACACCUGGAGCCAGGUUUUCUGUGGUGGAGUGGCUGGUAGUUCGAUUGGCAUACUCUGGUUCUUUAUCACACAAGAGGUGCUGACACCAUUAUUCCCCAAAAUAGCAGCGUGGCCAAUAUCAGAGUACUUCCUGGUACGAGACACAAGCCUGAUCCCCAACAUCUUAUGGUUUGAGUAUACAGUGACCAGAUCAGAGGCAAGGAACAGACAGCGAAAGCUUGGAACAAAACUUCAGUGAUCUACACAGUUCUUUUGUGAAACUGAGUUUAGGACCACACACACACACACACACACACACACACACACACACACACACACACACUCUCACAAACACACACAGACAAAUGCUCACUCGACAAAAACACACUGGAGAACCAUCUUUUGGACUGACAUGGUUGCAAGGAGUAAAGGGCAAAAACCGUUUACAGGUGGCGAAAGAGUGCCUGGACCUGGCCCGGAGCCUACAGCCUGAGCAAGUCCGUCCACACGCCUCUCCUUCUUGUACAGCUUGCCCAAAAUGCUCUUCAGUGCAUGCAAGACUGUGCAAGAGGCAUACUAUUUAAUGAUAGAUUAAUAUAUAGAUUUUAACUAUAAACGCACGCUGACAGUAACAGUGUACUGUAAGAGAUUCGAGGAGCCAAAAAGGAGGCUUUGGUCAAGUUUCAAACAAAUUGGUGGGCGUCAUUGCAGCAUGUAUU